UUAACUACAGCUGUCAGAUAAAUGUAGAGUAAAAACUACAAUAUUUGCUUCUGAAGAUGAAGUGUGUGAAUUAUUGAUGCUUUGUUUCUGUUGACAGAAAGUCUUAACCCACAUCAUCAUCAUCAGUUAAUGAUCAGAACUUUGUGAUUCUUCUGUGUCAGUGACAUCACAAAGAUGGAACAGUCUAGAACCGUCUCCUCCAAACAGUUUAACUUUCACUCAGUACUUCACCUGACCAUCAGUCAACUCCAGUCACCAGUGAUCAGCUACUGUCAACCUACACAGUCAAACAACAAUACAACCUUCACCAUCUCUUUGUCCAGUCAUCAUGGAAGGGAGAUACAACCUGAGGCCCAGGGCCUCUGGUAGAGUGCAGACUAACAACACUAGGAGGCCCCAGCAUUAUGUGCCACCUGCAGGAGUGCCUCCCAGCUCAGACGUGAACUCCCUCAGACAAGCCCUUCUCUCAGCUGAAGAGUGCAAUAUGAAGCUGGCCUCUGAAAACGCUGCACUGAGGCAGCAGUUUGCCAACCUGCAGGGAGAAAAUCACAAAUUGAUGCACGAGAAUCGCUGCCUGCAGGGGACGCUGGGUAGGAAGCUGCACAUGGCCAAACAGAGUUUGGCCAUGUGCCAAACAGAGGUCACAAAGGCAGGCCCAGAUCACAACAAUUGGGAGGAAAGAGUCAGAGAGAAGGAAAGACAACUCUCUUCACUUGGAGACACACUCAGUGCACAGAAGGAGGAGACAGAGAAAGUCAGAGAUUCAUGGAUGAAGGACUGUGACAAGAUGAAGGAGAAGGAGGAGAAGAAGGAGAGCAGGAGAGGCUUCUGGGGCAAGAAGAAAGAAAAAUGCAACAGUGACGAGGAGGCUUCAGUGUUUCUGGCUCAGACCGGACAGGAGCAGAAAGAGAAAGACAAAAUAAAGAGGAGACGAAGCCUCUGGAGCAAAAAGAAGCAAGAAACCAGCUGUGAGGAGGAGGAGGCUGCAGUGCAUCAGGCUGAGGUCGGACAGGACGAGGAGAUAAAGGAGAAGAAACGGAGCUACUGGAGCUGGGCUCACUAGAAGGAAAGCAGCCACAGUGACAGUAAAGUGGAGGAAGGGGAUGGACGGCAGUGAAGCAUCCAUCCUGCACCCACCCUGACCCCCCACCCCCACUGCCUUUACCCAUUCACCCCUUCACCCAAACAUUCUUGUAAAUAUUCUUGUAAAUAUGAAUAAAAAUUGCAAAUAACCUGUAAAACAGA